CUGCAGGGGAGUCGCUUCACAGGCGGUGAAGCAGGUCUGCAGGUGUCUGUCUUUCUCUCCCCCUCUCUGUCUUCCCCUCCUCUCUCUAUUUCUGGCACUUUGGAGCCUCAGACAUGAAAGUCGCUUUGCAUAACCAUUGUGCUGUCUACCCCCACCUGGCAUUAGUUUUUUUUUUCACUUUAUUAUUUAUUUUUUAAUUUCUUUAUUGGGGAAUUAAUGUUUUACAGUCAAUGGUAAGUAAAAUUGUUGGUACAUGCAUAACAUUUCUCAGUUUUCCACAUAACAAUACAACCACCACGAGGUCCUUGGUCAUACUUUCCCAGGACCUGUAUUCUCCCCUCCCACCCCCAACUUAGAGUCUUUUACUUUGGUGCAAUAUACCAGCUUUAGUUCAGGUUCUACUUGUGUUUUCUCUUCUGAUCUUGCUUUUCAACUUCUGCCUGUGAGUGAGAUCAUCCCAUAUUCAUCCUUCUGUUUCUGACUUAUUUCACUUAACAUGAUUUAAAAAAAUAUUUUAAUUAUUUAUUUAUUAUGUUUUCCUAAGAGUAGACACACUAGCCAGAAAUUGCCUCAUAAAAUUGAAUGCCAUUGGCGAGAAGGGCCUGGCAGCAGGCUUGGGAACGCAUGUGUGGUUGCUGUGGAGGGAGCUUGAGGGAGCACAGUAAUCAGUCUGUCUUUCCAGGUCCACGUGCACAUGCAGGGACAAGAAGCCCUUUUUACUGAGAACAUGCCCUUAAGAGAAGUAAUCAGUCUUCUCAGAGAACAGUUGUCAGCGGGGACCCAGACAAAGGAAGACAUAAUGACAGCCUCCAGGAUGUUCCGAGAUGCCCCCCUGGAAACAGAACAGGGGGAUGAACAUGGAGGCGGUGGGCAUGUCUCCCUGAUCAUUUAUGGAGUUGAAGAUAGUGAUGUUAGUGAAGGCAGCAAAACCCCUUCCCUACUGAUCAUGGAAGAGAACUGUCUUCAACUUGAAGAGAACAGUGUCUCGUUGGAGGGUGAACUCAGCUCUAGGCCAGAUCCAAACACCUCCAGGUUCCGGGACGCGUCUCCCGGAGGACUCCCUGGCCAGAGAGAGCCUGAUCCUGCUGAGCAGAAUGUUGCCGCAGAAAGUUGCACACAGGGAGAACAAGAAGAAGAAGAAGAAGAAAACUAUACUGUCUCCGCACUGCACCGGUGCGAGCACUGCCCCAAGACCUUCAAGUACCCGUCUCGGCUAAAGGCACACCUGAGAAAGCACAGAAAUGAGAGGACUUAUUUUUGCAAGGAGUGUCACAAAGGCUUCUUCCAGUUUUCAGAUCUGCGAGAGCACAAGAAGAUUCACAGUGGAGUGAGGCCUUUCUCCUGCUCCAUGUGUGGCGUAGCCUUUACCUACAAGACCAACCUCCAGGCUCAUGAGAGAAUCCACACAGGAGAGAAACCCUACAUGUGUCUGUCUUGCUGCAAAAGUUACCGACAGUCCUCCACUUACCACCGCCACCUGAAGACCCACAAGAAAAACAAGCCUGUUCUAAGUGGUUCCCACCAGGGUCCAGGAGAUGAUGCAGAUGAUGGGGCGUCUACCUCACGUGACGGAGACCCUGGGUUCCAUCCCUAGCAGCACACGAGGGCGCCAAGGACAGACAGGGAGCAGUCUGUGAAGUGUCACUUAGUGUUAGGGUAUUUCUCUUUGGGUCUCAGAAACUGAUCCUAGGAAAAUACAUGGGCUGGGUUUGCUCAGGUGGUUGUGUGCAUGUGUUCCCAGGUGCUGUAAAAAAAACCGGUGUCAUAUCCAGAAACUUCCACACCAGAAACUUCCACAGUCACAGCAAAGGUAUAAAUGGGCAUCUACCAGUCUAUUUGUUCACAGUAUGUAUUGAGAACAUAGUUCAUGUAUGUGAAUAUAUGUGUGUGUCUGUGUGUGUGUAUAUGUGUGUAUGAAGAUUUUCUUUUUUCAGACUUUUAUUUUCCUUUUGUUGCCCUUGUUUUUAUAAUUGUUGUGAUUAUUAUUGUUGUUGAUGUCGUUGCUGGAUAGGACAGAGAGCAAUCGAGAGAGGAGGGGAAGACAGGGGGAGAGAAAGACAGACCUGCUUCACAGCCUGUGAAGUGACUCCCCUGCAGGUGGGGGGCUGGGGCUGGAACCGGGGUCCUUAGACCAGUCCUUGCGCUUUGCGCCAUGUGUGCUUAGCCCACUGUGCUACCAGCCAACCCCCUAGAAUUUUUUCUUUUAAAUAAUUUAAAAUAUAUUUUUAUUCUAACAUGGAGAGACAGUAGAGCUCUGCUCAGCUCUGGUUUAUAGUGGUAUGGGGGAUUGAACCUGGGACUUUGGAGUCCUUUGGCAUGUAAGCUUUAUACUGUCUCCCCUGCCCAUACUUUAUAAUUUGAUCAUGUCUCUUCUUUUUUUUUAACCUGAGCUAUGCUAUUCUUUUUUUUUCUUGCCUCCAGGCUUAUAGCUGCGGUCCUAAACUUGGUCACAGGCACUGCGUGCACCACUGCGUGCUUAUGGAUUCGUGUACUACGAAUCCACUGCUCCUGGAGGCCAUUUUUUCCAUUUUUUUGUUGCCUUUGUUAUUUUUGUUAUUGCUGUUGUUUGGACAGAGAGAAAUAGAGAGGGGAGGGGAAGACAGAAGGAGAGAGAAAGACAGACACCUGCAGACCUGCUUCACCGUCUGUGAAGCGACCCCCCACCCCACCCCACAGGUGAGGAGCCUGGGGCUCGAACUGGGUUCCUUAUGCCGGUCUUUGCAUUUUAUGCCAUGUGUGCUUAACCCGCUGUGCCACCACUCGCCUUCACCCCCCAGCUAUGCUAUUGUACCCACCCUCCUAUUUCUUUUUAAAAACUACAUUCUUCUUUUAUUUUUAUUUUUUUUCAGCCAGAGCACUGAUUUGGGGGAGUGCUAGGACUGAACCUAGGACCUCAGAGCCCCAGGAGUAGGAGUCUUUUACAGAACCACUAUGUUGUCUUCAGAUCUCCCGUUCUUAAUUCACUUUUUUUCUUUCUUUUAUUGCCCCCAGGCUUAUCACUGGAGCUCAUGGCUGGCACUACAAAUCCACUACUUUCAGUUGCCAUUUUUCUGGGUUUUUUUUUUCCUUUCUUUAUAUUUUACUUGACAGGACAAAGAGAAAUUGAGAGGGCAGGGGGCAUAGAGAGAGAAAGGGCGAGAAAGACACCUGCAGCCCUGCUUCACUACUUGUGAAGUGUCUCCCUGCAGAUGGGGCCUGGGGGCUUGAACCCCCGGGUCCUUGCACAUGGCGAUAUGUGUGCUUAGCCGAGUGUACAGCUCCCCAAGUUCUAUUUUAAAAGGUUUUAUUGGUUUGAGGUAAGAUAGUAUAAUGGUUAUCCAAAGACACUGUCAUGUCUGAGGCUCCAAAGUCCCAGAUUCAAUCCCCUGCACCGCCAAGAGCCAGAGCUGAGCAGUGCUCUGGUAAAAAAAAUAAAUAAAAAGAUUUUAUCAGGUGGCACAUCUGGUUAGGUGUACAUAUUACCUUGCACAAGGGCCCAGGUUCAAGCCCCCAACCCCUACCUGCUAGGGGAAAGCAGUGGUGAAGCAGGGCUGCAGGUGUCUCUCUCAACUCCUCUCUGUAAAAUAAAACAAAGUUAAAGAAAAAUAAAACAAAGUAAAAUAAACAAGUAAAAUAAAACAAAGUUAAAGAAAUCAAAGUUAACAAAGAUUUUAUCUACUGAGAGCAGAAGAUUGGGUAGUGAGCAUCACUGUGGUGCACGCAGUGCCUGUGACCAAGUUCAGGACCGCGUGAUGCUUGAAAGGCAACCUGCUGUCCACUGUGCCCCCCUCUCAGGUCUCUGUCCUGUGUGUUUUCUGAGUCUUAAUGUUUAAGGAGGGCAGGAGUUCCUCUGUUUCAUUCACUAAAGUGCCUCAGUACAUAGACCUCAAAUGACCAAUAAAGAUCUGGGCAAACAAAUAUACAGUGUUCGUGUUUCUUCUUUCAAAUCCAAGAAAGUCUCUCUACAUUAGAAUUGGAAGAGUUUAAUUAUCUUUAUUUAUUGCAUAGAGACAGCCAGAAAUCAAGAGGAAAGGGGGUGAUAGAGAGGGAGAGAGACAGAGAGACCUGCGACCCUGCUUCACCACUUGCAAAGAUUUCCCCCUGCAGUUGGGGACCGGUGACUUGAACCUGGGUCCUUAUGCAUUGCAAUACAUGUGCUCAACCAGAUGCGCCACAACCUGACCCCCCCGCUAUUAUGUCUAUGACUGUAUUUGCACAUAUUGGCACAUGUUUUUCCUAUGGUCCUGUCUUCUCUUUCUUUUUUUUUUUUUUAAAGGUUUUAUUUAUUUAUGAGAAAGAUAGGAGGAGAGAGAAAACCAGACAUCACUCUGACAUAUGUGCUGCCGGGGUUUGAACUCAGGACCUCAUGCUUGAGAGUCUAAAGCUUUAUCACUGCGCCAUUUCCCAGACCACCUGGCUUCUGUUUCUACGUCACACUUAUACCUGAUGUUUCUUCCAAAUGCUUCUUCCUUUUUUCCUAUUCUCUCUGGGUCCUGAUGGAAUUGGAGCUCAGAGCCCUCUGGUCAUCUUCCUCUAACAUUUAUCCUUCUGGCAGUAUGGAGCAGAAUAUAUUAUAGAGACAGAAAUUGUAAAGAAGAGAGGAGUAAGAAAGGGACAGACAUCAGCAGACCUGCUUUACCACCUGUCAAGCUUUCCCCCUUUCAAAUGGGGACCAGGGGCUUGAAUCUGGGUCCUUGUUGUAGCGUGUACACUCAACCAGGUGUGCUACCACCUGGCCCCUGGACUAAAAUUCUCUUAUUUCUUUAUUGGGGGAUUAAUGAUUUACAGUCAACAGUAAAAUACAAUAGUCUGUAUAUUCUCAGUUUUCCACAUAACAAUUUAACCCUCACUAGGCCUUCCUCUGCCAUCAUGUUCCAAGACCUGUGCCCUGCCCCCUACCCCCCAGAGUCUUUUACUUUGGUGCAAUACACCAACUCCAGUCCAAAUUCUGCUUUGUAUUUUCCCCAAAUUGGACCAAAAUUCUUUUUUGUUGUUGUUGAUUUAAUAAUGAUCUGUAGGAUAAGAGGGGUACAGUUCCAGACAAUUCCUGCCACCAGAGUUCUGUAUCCCAUCCCCUCCAUUGGAAGUUUCUUUGUUCUUUAUCCCUCUGGGACCCUAACCCAAGAUCAUUAUGGAGUUCAGAAGGUGGAAGGUCUGGAUUCUGUAAUUGCUUCUCUGCUAGAGAUGGGUA